UUUUCUUUCUUUGCGUUGCGUUUGACAACUGACUGAAAUACUGAAUUGAAUUGACAUUUUGAGUUAACAAUUGUUUUAUUAGAAAUCUAGGGUUUUUUAACACUUUCUUAAUAAAACAUGUAAAUAAAAUAACCAAAAAUGAGCGUGAAGAAAUCCAACGGGCCGGUGUUUGACCCGGGCCUGUGUAGGUGUUGUGGAACGAUGAGAAAGUGUCGUCUUUUGGACGUUGAAUAUGAUGGAAUGGGGCAGAAAGAAAUUUAUUCAGACAUGAUUAUGGACUGCUUUGGAUUACUUAUGUCCUACCUAGACGGUAAGCCGAGUGAGCGACUAAUCUGUGCCAACUGUGUGAAGCGGCUGAGAGAAUCCCUUGCGUUCAGAAAACAAGUCCUGCAGUGUGAGGAGGCCUUCCUGCAGAUGAGGAUGUAUGAUGCUAAGAUUCAAGAGCAAACUUCCCAAGGAGACCAGUCUGUAUAUAGCCCUAAGGUUGAGGUGGAGAUCAUAAAGAUGGAGCCCAACAGCCCUCCGUCGUCACCAGCUAGAGACAUGUUGGACGACUCGCCAAUGGACAGUGAUGCACCAGUGAAGCAAGAGGCUUCACCAAACAAAGCGGAGGACUCCAGCGAUGACGAGCCCCUGCAGACCAUCGCCAUGGUGCGGUCGGCGCCGACGCGGCCGCCGCCCCGGCCCACUGCCAACGGGCUGAGGAGCGCGGCUGUUGUCAAGAAGAAACCUGUAAUCCCAAUGUCGAAACUGCAGCAAAGGAUGCGAGAAAGGGACCCUACGUACAUGACAGAGACGAAUAUCCUCACCAUAGUGGAGUAUUCCUUCGUGUGCCCGUUCAAGUGUCGCCAUAACCACCUCAAGUGUUACUACUGUGGCCACAACGUGUCAGAUCCCACGCUGCUGCGCCUCCACACAGACACCUUCCACCAUCCCAACAAGUUUAAGGUCAUCGAGCACAAGAACAUGAUUAAGGUGGACAUCACCAGAAUCGACUGUAGACUAUGCCCAGCGAAGAUCGCUACUCUAGAUGAGUUCAAACAGCACAUAUCAACGGUACACAAGAAGAAAUAUUACUUCGACUACAAAGACCAGAUCCUGCCGUUCAAACUGACUAAGGAAUCACUAAGAUGCGCCAUUUGUAACGCCGAGUUCCCUUACUUCCACGCGCUGAAUAAACAUAUGAACGCGCAUUUCAGUAACUACGUGUGCGAGACAUGCGGACUGGGGUUCGUAGGCAAGGCUCGGUUCCUGGUGCACCAGCAGCGGCACGAGCAGGCCGACUUCCCCUGCGAGACCUGCGGGAAGGUGUUCAAAGCGCAGUAUAAUAGGGACCUGCACAUAGACCGCGUGCACAAGAAGCGCGGCCGCGUUUACUGCCCCAAGUGUGACGCCAAGCUGAUGUCGUACCACCAGAAACUUAAGCAUCUCGUCGAGGUCCACGGAGAGACACCCAUGUCCUUCCCGUGCCCUAUGUGUGACCGCGUGUUCGACAGCCGCCGCAACUUCACCAUACACACCAGGAAGGAGCAUCUCAAGGAUUACAGAUACGAAUGCCAAUGCUGUGGGCAGAAGUUCUUCACGCGCUUCGCCCUCAACAACCACAUGCCGACACACACAGGGGAGCGCAACUUCAAGUGUAAAGUGUGCGACAAAUCCUACCCACGACUGAAGACCUUGAAGGACCACAUGAGGAUACACACUAAUGAUCGGAGGUACAGAUGUCACAUCUGUGGACAGGCGUUCAUACAAAACUGCAGCCUCAAAGGACACAUGAAGAGCCAGCACCCAGAAUAUGGAUAAAAAAAAUAUCAACAUAACAUAGCAAAGUUUGUAGUAAAAAUGUAUAUAUAACCACUCCUCCAAUUCAAAAAUACCUUUAUUCAGUAGGUAACAUUGUUACUCUUUGAAUCGUCAAUUUUUACAUAACGAACGUCUCAUCCGCCUAAAACUACUGCAGCUUCUCACAACCUGUAUAGCCGGGGAAAAGAAGCUGAAAAUCUAUGUUUGUCUCGUGUAAUAGGGGCGAGGAAAUAGGAUAAUAAAUAGAAAGAAUGAAAGAAAGAAAGAAACAUUGUGACAUGGUAUCAACGUGUAUACAUAUUAGUACUCGUGACCGUAAAGCCAUCGCAAGAUGACCUAAGUACCCACACCUCACCGAGCUUUCUGUUAGACCAUUGUGAUAGGUGGUAAGACGUAUCGCCGUUUAUAAGACACAAAAAUUAUCAUUUCGUCACUGAAAAGGCAAAAUUACGUAAGCGCCAAAAUGCCAUUUCAAGAAAAAGCCGUUUAAAGUAUUUUAAUCGUUUUUUAUCAUUAGUUUUUACCUAAUUAUCCAAUUUAGAUGACGUCAACGUAAGUUUACAUUGUUUUUUCAAUUUCUGUGUCUAGCAAUAGAUAUCAUAAGAUGGACUACUAUUUUAGGAUAUUUUGGCGCUUAUGUAAUUUUGCCUUUCCAGUGACGAUUUUAUUUUGACAGUUCUUGAUUUAGAGCCAGAAAUACCUGUGGUCUAGUUUUACAACUGUCAUAAUAUUAAUAAUAAUAAAAUGAAAUGUUAAAGUCGACAACAACACACACAUACUACAUGGAAUGCAAUAAAUAAUUGAGUAUUGAGUGUAAUUAGUUAGGUCAAAGAUAGAUUAUGAAAUUAUGAUUACUAAAGAAAGACAGAUCAAAGUGACGUAAAACAUUUUCUUUUAUCUAUUUAAUUUAUUUUUGAAUUUUAAUAAAAAAAAUGAAAUAAUAAGUUCGACAUUUUAUAACUUUUUUCUAUGACGUCACAGGUUGCUUUUCCGCAAUGAUUUCAUGUUGUGGCGUUUAGUAAAAAGUAACUGAUUUGACUACUUGAAAACUACCCUGUUGAACUACGAAAAGGCGUAAAUAUGUAAAUGUAACUUAUUUUGUCACAAAAUAAAUCUAGUUAUAAUUAAUCACAAUAAUGUACAUAAAAUUAUUAUGUAAAUUAAUAUUUCUUCAUAGUUUUAAGUAAAAUAAUAAAUUUGAAUAACAAUUAUAAUCACAAAAUACGUUCUCAUUUUAUUAUAUAUUUUUUACAGUA